AUGACUCAUCAUCAGAUCUUAGCAGGUGCUCUGACUCUUCUGAGUGUCAGUCAAGCAGCCAUUGUUCCCUCCUAUAGCCCUCGCUUAGCAGCACCGGACCCUGCCCCACCUGCCGUCCCACCGCUUUUCGGCGUCAACGGGCCAGUCUUGUCAGAUGCCAUACAAAAGAUGGACUCGAACUCUACAGAUGAUCCACAAGCAUGGUACCCUGCGACAGCAGCCAUUCUGGCCAAUGUCAACUCAUCGUCUAUCCAGAAUCUUUUCGACCAAUUGUCCACUACGGGAAGUACCACUACCGUAAAACUUCAUUUGUUAGAUGGUGGAGUAAAGAAUUAUACGGUGGAUUAUGCCCAGGCGGUGGUGAAUGGAUCGCAAGUCAUGGGUGAUGAUAAUGUCGGAUGGCCGGCUGUGCUCCGAUCAGCUAUCAUACAGCAUAAUACUCCCGGAGUCGAGACAUACAGAUUAGGUCAAGGAGUAGCUAAAGACUGUUUGAAAGUAUUGACUGGUGAGACAUAUAGAGCGGAUCAGGUAGAGACUGUUGAUUUAUGGAACGUUUGGAAUGAUAUCGGUCCCGAUAAACAGCCUUUCAUCUUCCGUACGGUUGAACAAGGAGUUACUAAGUUAACGCCUGAACAUGAUUAUGGGGUAGUACAAGUAUUCAAGGAGAACAAAACGAUCGACCUCUACGAUCCCAAUCCUGAAGUGGGACGGAGAGUGUACAGCUGGGACGAUAUUGUCAAAGAUUUAGAUAUCGUCUCGUGGCCUGUUGACCUUACCAAAGAGGUGGACUGA